CGUGCUUGUGUGCGUUUUCAAUUCAGGCGCAUAACAAUGUAAACACAUCAUUUCAACUGGAAUAUCUACAGUCAGUGUGCCAUUUUCUUGAUAUCACUGUGCCUUCUUUCCAGCAAACUCCUGCCACGCCUGAAACUGAAUGGCACUCUCAGAUCAGCGACGGCGUUCCAUUUAACGCAAACAAUAUUUCAACAUCACAAAUGAGAAUUUUUUUUUUCUGCAGAGCGCGCUUUUCCUCCACCUGUGCCCCCGCCUGCCAGUGCGCGCAUUCACUGCAUGCGGCCGCGCGCAUCGCGCCUCGUGAAUCCUAAUAGUGAGUAGAGCCGCAGAGCUGGGUGGCAUCGCUGGACGCCCGGUGCCAGACUGGAGCAGCAAGUCCAUUACGAGCCGUUAGUGAGAAUACAACUGCCGCCUGUCUGGGAGUGCACCAGCCCUCGCGUUUGGAUACGGAGUCCAUCAUCAAUAGAUCACUGUUGCUCAUGAUCAUCAACGUUUCAUUUCUAUGAGGACAUUCGGCAGAUCCGUAUUGUCUUUUUACCAAGUUGGAUCGCUUUCAUCUUCUUUCUAUACUGUCCACUUUUUGUUCUCAACACUGAGUCUUGCUUCAGGACAGAUAUUCUCUGGUGCGUCAAAGCUGCGCGGUUCGGAGUUUCCUAACCCUUUAAAUGUGCAGAAAAAAUGAUCUCCAGUCGCUGAAUUUUACUGAAAAGGUCAUGUGUGACUUUCCGUGGUAAGAACGGGAUGCCCGCACUGUGAAACGGCGCAGGGUGGAUGGAUGGAUGUGUCCGUUCUGGGGCGCACAGGAAUAAUACAGUGAACUGACAGAGAAUCAGUGUUCUGAUCGUCUCUUUUGCCUGGAGUUCAUCCUUUUUGGCCAUCUCUGGAAUUGUUGCGUCUAGUGGUGGGAACGUGCAGCAUUUAUUCCUCAGGCUUUGAUCACCUGCUAUGUGUUUGGAGUGGAAAAUACCUGGUGGAAGGUGUACAGCUGGAUCCAGUCUGGAAGGACAGGACAUUUGCUACUGAUAAAACUCCGUUUCUUCUUAAUUUCCUUUUUAAUCUGUGCGUAAUGUACGUGGAAUGAAGACAGAGGAUGGAUAUAAUUUGGGAAAUAUUGAUCCUACUCCAAGCCAAUUUUAUUGUCUGCAUAUCAGCACAGCCGAAUCCACCGAAAAUUCACGAAGGAUGGUGGGCGUACAAGGAAGUGGUGCAGGGGAGCUUUGUUCCAGUGCCGUCGUUCUGGGGGCUGGUAAACUCGGCCUGGAACCUGUGCUCGGUGGGGAAGAGGCAGUCACCAGUCAACAUCGAGACCAGCCACAUGAUCUUUGACCCCUUCCUCACGCCCAUAAAGCUGAACACAGGCGGACGCAAGGUGGGAGGGACGAUGUACAACACGGGUCGCCAUGUCUCUCUGCGAUUGGACAAGGAGCAUCUGGUUAAUAUCUCUGGAGGGCCAAUGACGUACAGCCAUCGCUUGGAGGAGAUCCGGCUACAUUUCGGCAGCGAGGACGGCCAGGGCUCUGAACACCUUCUGAACGGACAGGCCUUCUCUGGAGAGGUUCAACUGAUCCACUACAAUCACGAGCUGUAUACAAAUUAUACAGAAGCUGCUAAAAGCCCUAAUGGACUGGUCAUAGUGUCUAUAUUCAUGAAGAUUGCUGAGACAUCCAACUCAUUCCUCAAUCGAAUGCUGAACAGAGACACCAUCACAAGAAUAACAUAUAAAAAUGAUGCGUAUCUACUGACCGGCCUGAACAUAGAGGAGAUUUACCCAGAGACCAGUAGUUUUAUCACAUAUGAAGGAUCGAUGACCAUCCCUCCGUGCUUUGAGACAGCCACAUGGAUCCUGAUGAACAAGCCGGUGUACCUCACACGCAUGCAGAUGCACUCCUUGCGACUGCUGAGCCAGAACCAACCAUCUCAGAUCUUCCUGAGCAUGAGUGACAACGUUCGCCCGGUCCAGCCACUGAACAACCGCUGCAUCCGCACCAACAUCAACUUCAGCAUGCAGGGCAAAGACUGCCCCAACAACAGGGCUCAGAAGCUCCAGUACCGAGUGAACGAGUGGUUGCUAAAGUAGUCUCCCUUGGAUGAGCAUGGGGAUGAGUGUCAGAGAUGGAGAGAGGGACGAGGCGACGGGACGGAGGGGAGGAUGGAAAAGAUGUGAAACCAGGCUUGAGGCUGCAUCUCAUCUAAGAUUAUGUCAUGGCAUUGUAUAAAGACAAACAACACUGGACAUUAUACAAAGUAAAGAACUUUGCAUUGCAAGCAAAGAGAUUCUUCUUUUCAUACAUUGAGAACAGUUUGAACCCUUGUUCUAACACAUGCUAACAAGCCCUUUCCCCCACUGCACAACUAUAUCUAAACAGACAUUUUGAUACCAAUACUUUUUUGGGAGAAAACCAAAAAAAGACACUUGGAAACAAGCUAAAACAUAACGGGGAAGCAUUUAUUUGAUAGCCUCCCAACCAAUAGGACAACGGUGGGACUUUAAAGCCUUUGUACAUAAAGAUGUUGCUAUCAGUGGGAAAAUCCAAGGACUAAGUCACUGCCCCCAUCCCGCCAGUCAAGACAAAGUGGUCACCAAGACUCACACAGACUUUUCAUUACAGUCACCAACAAGGCAUGCAAUCAGCAAAACCAACAGAGAGGGAGCACAGCCUUACCUUGUCAUUUUCCAAAACUAGAGUCAUGUCAUGGAAGAAGAGCAAAUAUUUACAGGCUGUCUUACGGCCUCAGAGCUACCAGUGUCUUGGCCUCGUUUGUACAUAUUAUAAUUAUCAAUACUGCAGAAAAAUGAAUAUGUAAAGAAAAGUAAUGACUUAACAUUCAAAAGAUAUAUUAAGAGGAUUUAAAAAAAAAAGACCAAAAGUUGAGAAUUUUAAAAAGCUUGGCGCACUUUGAAUUCUGGAGCAGUUCUAAGUCUGAUGCCUUUUUUUGUGUUUUAUUGUUUACAAUGGUCAUACACUGUGUUUGAGUAAUGUUAUCAGCCCAAUAAAUGUGUCUGGAAAGUUCACUUUGGAAAAUG